GACAGGAGUCGUGCUCGGAAUUGGUCUGUUGUGUUUUGGCUCCUCCCUUCCAACUAACACACAAAACAAACUCACAAAACCAACCAACAAACCAACCAACAAGCACUUCGACAACAACAAAACUAAUUAAUACAAUGGGCGUUCUUACCGUUUUCCUUGACAAAGCCACAAACCUUGCUGACACUGACGUAAUUGGCAAAACUGAUCCCUAUGUUAUUUUGGACCUCAAACAAGAUAACUGGGUUGGAGAUCGAGACUAUGGCUACCAAAAAUCAUCUACCAAAUCCAAUGACUGUAAUCCUGUAUAUGGUGAAUCGUUCACCUGGAACAAUAUUGACGAGCUCAAGAACUUGGUUCUGAAGGUGCGGAUAAUGGAUUCAGACUUUGGUUCUCGUGAUGACAAGGUGGGAAACUGCACCAUUCACCUGGAUAAAUUGGGCCUGUCAAAUCGACCCAUGGAUGUCAAUGAAGUUGUUGACCGAAACAUGUUCACAGCCAAUGGUAUGAUCCACCUCAAGGUGUCUUUUGAUGAGUGAGUGGAAGUUGGAGCAUGAAGUGCGGGUACCAUCCCAGGCCCGAAAACCUGGGGAUAGGUGAAAUUUAGAGCUAAGGCUAAGUUAAAUAUUUCUAAUCCCGACUUACUCGUCGUUAGUACCGCUUUCAUGUUCUUUCUAAGUUCCUUCAACAAGUUUGCU